AUGUUUACUCUAUUUAGCCGAUAUGAUCUCAUGGAACGAGCGCUGAAUGAAGCGUCACUCACACCCUCAAAAAUGAGGGCUUACGCGAUGCCACAGCAGGGCAGCGGUACAUUACCAGAUGACGUCCGAACGUCCAUGGUAGAAAUGAUGAAUCAGGAUAGCAGAGAUUAUGUGAAGCAGUUUGAGCAAUUAGCCAAUACUAUUACUGCCCCGCGAAAUCGAGGAAGAGUGGAACGAACGCCCAAAAGGAAGAGGAAACGAUGA